GCACACGUUGAUGAAGAAGAGAUCAAGCUAAAGCUCAUCUCAUCUCAUCCUUCUCCAACCUUGCGGGUUCCCUCUCUCUCUUCUCUCUCUGUGAGAUGGCGCUCCAAACCCUAAACCCGCGCCCGCGCCACCACGCGGCGCCGCUCCCGCCGGCGCCCGCGCCGGCGCAUCCGGUCCUGCACCUCCUCCCGCCGCCGCGCCGGAGGCUCGCGGGGUGCGCGCGGCCGAGGGCCGUGGCCGUGGCGGUGUCCGGGGCCGUCAGCGAGGCGAGGAGGCGGUGGCCGCCGCAGGAGGGGAAGGAGACGGACCUCGCCAUGCUCGGGAACCUCUGCGUCGACGUCGUCCUCAGCGUGCCGCAGCUCCCGCCGGCGCCGCGGGAGGAGCGGGAGGCCUACAUGGAGCGCCUCGCCGCGUCGCCGCCCGACCAGAAAUUUUGGGAGGCUGGUGGAAACUGCAACUUGGCCUUUGCUGCAGCUAGGCUUGGGCUUUGCUGUUCUACGCUGGGGCAUGUAGGAGAGGAAAUUUAUGGGAAAUUUCUUCUUGAUGUGCUUGAAGCAGAGGGUAUUCAUGUUGUUGGGAUGCUUGACAAUUCCGAUGCUAGUUCUUGCCGACAAGCCUAUGAGACACUUCUAUGCUGGGUUCUUGUAGAUCCAUUUCAGAGACAUGGAUUUUGCAGCCGUGCAGACUUUAGUGAUGAGCCAGCUUUCAGUUGGAUACGUAAACUUCCCACAGAAACCAAGACUGCUAUUCGUCGCUCCAAAAUAUUGUUUUGUAAUGGCUAUGCUUUUGAUGAACUUUUCCCUGAUGUCAUCUCAUCUGCUAUUGAUUGUGCAAUUGAAGCGGGAACUACAGUAUUUUUUGAUCCUGGUCCCCGAGGAAAAUCUCUUUUACAUGGGACCCUGGAUGAACAGAAGGCACUUGAGCAUUCUCUGAGGCUCAGUGAUGUUCUACUUUUAACAUCAGAUGAGGCUGAGUCCCUGACGAACAUCAGAAACCCAAUCCAGGCAGGGGAAGAGUUACUGAAGAGGGGGGUUCGCACAAAGUGGGUUGUCAUCAAAAUGGGCUCCAAGGGAUCAAUGUUGAUUACCAAUAGUGCUGUCUCCUGUGCACCUUCGUUUAAGAUUGACGUUGUGGACACCGUUGGAUGUGGAGAUAGUUUUACUGCUGCUAUAGCUUUUGGGUUCCUCCACAACUUGCCGGCAGUUAGCACAUUGGCACUAGCAAAUGCAGUGGGUGCUGCAACUGCAACUGGCUGUGGGGCAGGUCGGAAUGUUGCUCGCCUAGAUAAAGUGUUACAACUUUUGAGAGAAUCCAAUAUCAAUGAGGAUGAUACGACGUGGAGCGAGUGGAUUGAAGGAAGUUCACUCUGCAGUGAAGUUUCAGUGCUAUCUAAGACGGCAGUUAAUGGAUUCAGCGACCACAUCGUGCAUGUUCCUAUUCACAAUGUGGUUUCGAACCUUCUCUCUAUGUUUGAGACAGUGUCAGAGCGAAGCACUGUCCAGGCCUAAUCCCAUGUUGGAUUGUACAUGGGACCCUUUUUUUGCCCAUAAAUCAUUCAUAUAGAUUCAUAUUUUGCUAGACGUCACACCGAUUUCAGGUGACAAGUGAUAGUUGGUGGCUGGCCUCCAGGGAAAGCUAUUUGUUGAAAAGAAUGCUGUUUGGGAAGAUAUUAGUAGAUGUGCAGCAGUGGUCUCGC